CACUCGCCUUUUCGUUGUCAGAUAACCGAAGUGAAACUGACCUUCUCCGCGGAGGAGACCUUCAAACUUCACGUCCGACUCGUCGGUUUUUCGGCGUGUGCUUUGUUAUAGACGCAUGCAGCCAUGCCGGUGGAAAUCCCCAGUUUGCAGGAGCUGAACGUGGAUGAGGUCAAUGUAUCAUCUGCGGUGCUGAAGGCGGCCGCUCACCACUAUGGCUCCCAGUGUGAUAAACCCAACAAAGAGUUCAUGUUGUGCCGCUGGGAGGAAAAGGACCCCCGGAAGUGUCUCCAAGAAGGGAGGAAAGUCAACGAAUGUGCGCUCAACUUCUUUAGGCAAAUCAAGGGGAAUUGCGCCGAGUCGUUCACCGAGUACUGGACCUGUCUGGAUUAUUCCAAUUUGGCCGAGCUGCGCCGUUGCCGCCAGCAACAACAAACCUUUGACAACUGCGUGCUGGACAAGUUGGGCUGGGAGCGACCCGAGCUGGGAGACCUGUCUAAGGUGACCAAGGUUUCAACCUCUCGACCCAUGCCUGAGAACCCCUACCAUUCUCGCCCACGCCCCGAGCCCAACCCGACCAUUGAAGCUAAACUAGAGCCUUCCAAAUAUGGCAGCAGAUUGUUCUUUUGGACCUGGUGAGGCUACAUGUUCUUUGCAAAAGCAACCAGGAAUGGAAAGUGUGCUGGUACCAGCACUUUUUCGUGUUUGAUCCUAAAAGUUGCUUUUGCACAGCAAUACAUCGUCACCAUAAAACAUAUUUUGGUAAAAGGAAGACUGCACGAUUCAUACUUCUUUCCUGUCCACGUCUGUAAAUGUCACGAGUGAACUUUGUUGUCACAUAAUAAAGAGAUAAAUUAA